AUGAUCCACCAACUAGCUACGCAUCAGAUGGCGGGCGAAUGGGAUACAGAGAGUCCGUUAGAUUCACCUGAUUUCACAUUUUUAACGCAAACAACGGACGAUUCGUUUUACAACUUUGACAGUGGCCUAGAUCAGGGCACACCUCCGUCAUCGCACUUUAUUCAGUUCAGCCAGGGCCACACACAGGGCCACACACAGGGCCACACACAGGGCCACAGCCAACGAUCAUUCCGGGAGUGGGUGACCGAGAUGGUCAGCCAGUUUAUGGUCCGCGGCACCAACAGUCCAAUGCAGUGGCUGUUAGAUCUACGCACCUACGGCUUAAAGAUCCAUUAUAACAGCACCGCCACAGGCCAUGUUGGCUGGAUGAACCAAGACCAGCUGUUAUAUCAACAGUACAGUUUCACUAUGGGUGAUUUCCGCGGCUUUACCCACGGGCUCGUUAGCUCCACACGCCAGAUACUACACGAAGAGCUCUUGUUUAGUAAGGCUAGCUCAGUUCCCACGAUCCCGUGGCAGGCUAUGUUUGAUGAUCCUACCGAGACCGCGCACGGGUGGAGCUUUCUGAAAGACACUCGCACGGUAUGGCCUGUGGCCGGUAGCGAAUGGAUAGUGAAUCGGGUCCGAAACGAGAGACCACUCCAGCAUCGUUUCAUCGAGUCUAGUGCCGGCCGGCUCCGAAUGUCGAAUGUGCACAGUUAUCUCCAACGGGUAGCCCAUUUCCGCGAGAAGCUAGCCAUUGCUGUCCACGUCAGCGGAGGCCAGCCUGCACGGGCACCAGAGCUGUUAAGCAUUCGGCACUACAAUACUGACAGCGGAGGCCACCGGAAUGUCUUUGUCGAAGAUGGUCUGGUAGCGUUUGUUACGCAGUACCACAAAGGGUUUUAUAGUACGAACGACGUGAAGGUUAUUCAUCGGUAUCUACCCCGGGAAGUCGGUGAGCUAGUGGUUUGGUAUCUAUGGCUAGUGCUGCCGUUUGUGGAGAGAUUGGAGGCGUACACACAGAAGGUGCGCGGGGAGGCAUCUGAUGCUGAGACGACCGGGUACGUUGGAUAUAUAUUUACCCCCCUCACACACACACCCAACACACCCAACACGCAGAUCAACACAGAGAUCAACACACAGAUCAACACAGAGAUCAACACAGAGAUCAACACACAGUUCAACACAGAGAUCAAACAUAUAUAUAUAUAUGCCCCCGCUCUCUCACACACACACAUCCCCCCUCACACACACACACCCAACACACCCAACACGCAGAUCAACACAGAGAUCAACACAGAGAUCAACACACAGUUCAACACAGAGAUCCAACAUAUAUAUAUAUGCCCCCGCUCUCUCACACACACACAUCCCCCUCACACACACACACCCAACACACACAUCACCACACACAUCAACACACACAUCAACACACACGUCAACACACACAUCAACACACAUAUUUAUAUAUAUAUGCCCCCCUAUCCCACGGGAGGGUGUGCAUUCACCCCUGAAUGCAGGUUAGGGUUUUCCUUUACUAUGGGAGGAAAAAGUGGGUCCAUACCCUGA